AUGCACAAAAUCCCCGCGGCUGAUGAAGGUGUAGCCGCGAUCUACCCAAAACAGCCCCCAGACAAUAUCAUGUUUCUCUUUUUUAACUUUCACUCUUUGUGCACAAUCCGAAAUCAGCGCCACCAUCCUCAUUUGCACUCAGAGGAUGCCGAAUGGUAUGCGACUCCACUGAACAGCAUUUGGCCGCCAGACCUGUGGCCAUUCAGGGUUCGGUAUCAUCAAGGCAUUGCCCUCUUUACUGACGAGAUGCACUAG